GACAUCUUAACGUCAAAAUAACCGGGACGUAUUAAAAUUUGAUUGUACAAAAUCUCAAUAAUUCUUCAAAUUUUUUACAAUUUUUUGUAUUCAAUUUUUUAAUCAAUGAAGAGGGUGGGGGAUAUAAAUCAACAAGUAACGGCUCAAGAUACCAAUCGUCGUUUAUGCCUCAGAAACAGCAAUACCCUUCCGGAUUUUUCAAAAGUGGGCGGCCUCUCCACUCACAUCCAACUCCUAAGAGAAAUAAUCAUAUUUCCUUUACUUUAUGAAGACUUAUAUAAGCAUUUUUGCGUUAAAGCACCGCGUGGAGUACUUUUUUACGGGCCACCAGGAACUGGAAAAACUUUAGUCGCCGGCGCAUUAUCAACGGAAUUAAGCCGAGUAGGAAAUGGGAAGGUAACAUUUUACCAACGUAAAGGUGCCGAUAUUUUAGAUAAAUGGUUCGGAGAAUCCGAGCGGAAAUUGAGCGAAUUAUUUCUUCAAGCGAACAAAACUCGCCCAUCGAUUAUUUUCUUCGAUGAAUUGGACGGGUUGGCGCCCGUUCGUUGUCAACAAAAUGAUCAAAAUCAUUGCAGCAUUGUUGCAACACUUUUAACAUUAAUGGAUGGUUUAGAUAAUAAACCUGGAGUUGUUGUAAUUGGCGCAACGAAUAGAAUCGAUGCGUUAGACCCCGCAUUAAGACGACCAGGACGGUUUGAUAGAGAAAUUUAUUUUCCUUUGCCUUCAGUUAAUGCUAGAAAAGAAAUAUUACAAGUUCAUACGUAUUCAUGGACUUAUAAACCUUCUAAUGAGCUUUUAUAUAAAAUCGCUGAAUCGACUUCUGGGUGUUGUGGUUCAGAUCUUCAAGCUUUAUGUGCAGAAGCAGUGCUUUGCUCGUUAAAACGGGAAUACCCGGAUGUUCAUAAACCUCGUUUAAUUGGAACGAAAAUGAAAAUAAAUAUUUAUAAUCUUGUGGUUCAAGAAAUUGAUUUUUUAAAUGCAAGAAUGAAUUUAGUUCCAACAGCGCAACGAUUGGGAAAUUAUAGAGCGCGAAAAUUGAGUCCUUUCAUAAAACCACUUCUUCAGAGGCAAUUGGAUAAGAUUAUUAAAUAUAUUAAUAUUUUAUUACCGCAAUUUACUCAGCCUUUUAAAAAGUUUCUUAUAGGUAAUGAAAGAUAUGUUGGGCGAUUGGUUUUAAAAGGAUCAAAUCAACAAGGAUUAAUUGUUCAUAUAAUUCCUGCAAUUCUUCAAUUUUUAGAACAUAUUCCUUGUUAUAUGUUAGAUAUCCCAGCUUUAUUUGAGACGAAUAUAAAAAACGCUCGUCAAAAUUUACCAUCAAUUUUAGUUCUAUCAAGAGUUGAUGAUUGGUGGGAUAUGAUAGAAUCAAGUAUUCAAUUAAGUUUAACAACAAUGUUAGAAGAUUUACAUCCGGGAAUUCCCCUUUUAUUAAUUGCAACCUGUAACGAAGAGCUGCCAUUAAUGUUACAAAAUUAUUUCUAUAAUAACAGUAGCAUAGUAAUAAAAAUUGAUGAUCCAAAUGUAGAGGAGCGCGAAAAUUUCUUUGCGCCUCUAUUUUUUGGAAACUCUGAAACGAGCGUUGCAACAAUUUUAAAAAAGGAAACUCCUAACGAAAAUAUCAAAGAAACCAUUCCAAUUCAAAAAUGUAAAAGGGAAAUUGGAGUGCGACACAAAAAGCAUCAAAUAUGUUUGAAAGAUAUAUCACAUAAAUGCAACAAUUUAAAAAGAAAAUCAAAUCGGUGUCAUCAAAACGUCCAUAUUAAAAAAAGAAAAAUCGACCGAUUUUCAGAUGAUCUAGAAGCCAAUUAUAAAUGUAAAUGUAAAAAAGCAUUUUCAACGACCUCUACAAUUAUUGAACACCGUUCAGAUAUAACAUCACUAGAUUCACGGUGUUCUUUAACCGAUUUAAAUAAAAAUCGGGGGAGAUCAAAAAACAUAAAAAACACGACUCUAAUCGAUAUGAUUGAUUGCUCGGUUUUCCAAGAUGAAAAUUUUAUUGGUAAAAUUCCCAGUAGGGUUGCUUCCGAAGGAAGUGUUGGUACAUUUUUGGAGACUAUCGUUAAAAAAGAACCUAAAUCAUUCUUUGAAUUUGAAAGUACAACAAAACUUUGUCAAGAUUUAAACAAUCCGAAAACGGUUGAUAUUUUUAAUUUGUGGAAGAGAACGGCGCACGAAACUUCAGCAAAUUUGCCUGUCGGCCAAUUGGAAAUGCUUUACGAUAUUAUAGCGGCAUGUAUUGUUGUUAAUAAACAUAAAUAUCACGGAUUCAUAGAGACUCUUGAAAAAACUUUAAAUAACUUUGAAAGGUCUACAAAGAGUUAUGCGGAGUGAUAAAAUGGGUUGCUUUUUGUUUUAAUGAAAGUGAAGAUGUUUGAAAGAAAAUUUAUGUGGUUUAGUUUGAAAGGGUUAUUUUAAUAAAUGUUGUUUCUUGUAUUGUUGAGAUCACAAUUAAAUAAUUUUGAAUUA